AUGACACAAGUAGAGAUUUUAUUACAGCAGACUGGCUUCCUGCUGUGUUACUAAUUGAUAGGCUGUUCUUCACUAACACCGGCCAGAAAUCGUCUGUGUUUUCCUUCGAUGACUAUUCAUCAUGUCGUCUGACAACAACAUGAUGCAGCAAAUCCAGAAUCCACCCAAACCAGUGUCAAUAUCGUCACUCGUCGCAGCCUGUAUCCUGGCAGGUGCAAAGAUUGCUAUUGGAGUGGUGCACCUGGAUGAAUGUCCUAUUCAACCCUACAUCCCCAUCUACUUGAUCGUCUUUGGCGUCUUCAGCAUCCUGGUGUCCAUCAUCAGCGCCCUGCCCUGGACCCGGCAGAACAGUGAGGAACGCACAGCCCUCGGCGGGAUUCUGCUUGUUGUUCGGAAUCUGUUCAACACCUUCAUCUUUGCCUGGUUUAUCGCUGGGAGCUAUUGGAUCUACUCCAUCUACGCUCCAAGCUACUUUCCUGGAUCAAUCCUGUACUGCCACAGGGUGCUUUACCUCUUUGCCUUCUGGACCACCACAGUCAUCUACAUCAUGUUUGCCCUUGGAUUAGUUUUCUGCUGCAUCCCUUUCUUAUGUGCACUUUUCUGUGCCUGUUUGUGUAGUCCAUUAAUGGAGGAUGUAGAGGAUGUUUAAACACAUUCCGAGGAUCAUUGGGUGUUUCUGUUUUGACUUAACAAAAGACGGUGUCUGUUUUUCAUUAUUAAACGAAACAACUUUUUUGUGCCUGCUGU